CUUCUCUAAACAUAUUCUGCCCUUUUCUGUCAAGGAUAUAUCCCCUUUUUCUUGUGCUAUUCACCUUCCAAAUAGCAUUCCAAGUUCUCUCUUAAUUUCAUAUAGCAUGCAAGUGAAGUAUCUUUAAUUACACUGACAAGUCUCCAUCGUCAUCACUCAUCAUCGUCUUCUACAUCUUCUAUUUAUAGUCUUAUUAUAUCAAAAUCUUGAAGCUUUUUUAACUACUCAUGGAACCUACAAGAACCUACUCAUGGCGCUUGAGGCUUCUUAUCAGUAUCACACUCAUUCUUCUGUUUUCUUUCAUUUUGUCACCUUCUGUUUCAGUUAAUGAAGGUGUACAAGAAAGAACAAGAACAUUGGGAUCAAGGCCACCAGGAUGCGUGAACAGAUGCAUGAACUGUCAACCAUGUCGAGCCACUCUUGUUAUCCCUCCUCACCAUAAAAAUAAAAUCAUCGAUUACAGAUCUCAAUCUUCUCAUCGUGAAGAUGAUUGUUAUUAUCUUCUCUCAUGGAAAUGCAAAUGUGGUGAUAAACUCUUUCAACCUUGA